GGAGGGGGUUGUAUGGAUGGAUCACAUUAGUAUUCCUGUCCUAUCAAUGUGCGGGGCCGCGAACCACGUCAGCCGGACCGACUCCCUGCGUCUGCCAGUCCCGCCACGGAUUCAUUUGGGAUCCUCAAACAGACAAGCCCGUGGAGACGAGGGAUCAAGACAGCCGAUUAGAACCAAUUGCCUGCUUCGGGGACCGCCAGCGCUUCGAGACCUGGUGACUGGGGAGGGAGGGGACAGACGAACCUAGCGCCGCUGCGGGAAGACACCGAAGCUAGAGCGACACUCUCCGCCCGGCUCCCCCAUCUGGCAGCGCAGGCUGUGAAAGCUGCUCUCCCAUCUGAAUGGGAACUCGGAACCGCCGGGCGGCGCGUUCCUUCUCCCCCAGCCUUGCAGUCCAUGCCGAGCGGAAGGCGGUGCGAGCCCGCGCCAGCGCCCAGCUCCCGGGACAGGGCCGGCAGUGCUGCUGAUCGGAACUUGACCGAGCCCCUUCCUCGCUGCUAGUGGAAGCGAUGCUGCACGGCACAGCCAGCGCUUCCCCAGCUCUCCUUCAAGCUGAAGGUUACCCACCCGCGCAGCCAGCCCCAACCCUGUGAGCGCCGCGCCUCGGGUCCCGGGUCCGGCUGCUCGGCGGCGGCGCGCAGGGCAACGACCGCACUGCACCAGCGGCUUCGUCUUGGUGGAUGUGUAUGCAUGAGUUCUGCACCGAAUGGGCGCAAAAAGCGCCCCAGCAGGUCCACCCGCUCCUCGAUCUUCCAGAUCAGCAAGCCCCCGCUGCAGAGCGGGGACUGGGAGCGCAGGGGCAGCGGCUCCGAGAGCGCCCACAAAAUCCAACGAGCCCUGGACGACUGCAAGAUGCUUGUCCAAGAGUUCAACACACAAGUGGCCCUGUACCGAGAAUUGGUCAUUUCUAUCGGGGACAUCUCAGUCAGCUGCCCGUCACUCCGGGCGGAAAUGCACAAGACAAGAACCAAAGGCUGUGAAAUGGCCCGCCAGGCACACCAAAAACUUGCUGCCAUCUCGGGCCCGGAAGAUGGUGAGAUCCAUCCAGAAAUCUGUCGGCUCUACAUUCAGCUGCAAUGCUGCUUGGAAAUGUAUACAACGGAGAUGCUAAAAUCCAUAUGUCUGCUGGGGUCUCUUCAAUUUCAUCGAAAAGGAAAGGAGCCUGGUGGGGGAACCAAGAGUCUAGAUUGCAAAAUUGAGGAGUGCACUGAUGCACCGGCUCCAGAGGACUCCUCAUCGUCCCCUAUGGAGAUGCAGCAACAUUCCUGGCAGGUUUCCACAGACAUCGAGAACACUGAAAGAGACAUGCGAGAAAUGAAAAACCUUUUAAGCAAACUCAGGGAAACUAUGCCUUUACCACUGAAAAAUCAAGACGACAGCAGCCUUCUGAACCUAACUCCCUACCCUCUGGUUAGAAGACGGAAGAGAAGGUUCUUUGGGCUGUGUUGUCUUGUCUCAAGCUAGGCGAUGCCUCCUGGAAACCCACCACUGGGAAGACCUGAAAAUCUCACAGGACCCGAGGACCUCCGGACAGCUGAACCACGGUUACUGGUUUCUGACUAUGUUUUCUAUGCUUCCUUAUUACUUUUAUCUGCCUCCCCCUGCCCUUUUAAAUGAUUUUACAUUUGAAAGCAGCUGCUGUCAAGGGAUUAAAAAAAAAAACAGAUUAAAAAAGCAGGCUGUUUUUAAAAGGAUUUUUAAAGCUGACAUUGCACAUGUCUGCUCCAAACCACACCAUGACAGAUGCAGGAAUUAUGAUUUUUAAAUUAUUUAAAGGUUUUUUUUAAGUGUAUUAUACAGAGAAAAACUAUUUCAUGUAUAAUAGUAUAUCUAUAGCUCUUGCUGAUCUCAUGUUAACAAUUUAUCAUAUAUGAGAGUCUUUCAACAUAGAAAUCUAUUGAAAACUGCAAAACUGUUCAAAAAUCCAGUGAAUAUUAGAAAUAGUAUUAUAAUCGAACAUACACCACCUCACCUAUUGCUUUCUCUGCACUUAAUUACGUUUAGUCUUCCAUUCUGUCAGAAUCUAAGAGCUUCAACAUAAAAAUACCUUAAUUUAUAAUGCAACAAACACCAUAUAUGAAAAGUAUUUAAAUUUUGUAAAUACACAAUAACCCUAAUACCUUCAUCCAAUGCAUAUGGGCAACUAAUUUCCUUUUGAUCCAAUGGUGUCUUUUUCAGCUUCUCGGAGAAUGAAGAAAUCCCAUUAGAAAAUGGUGUAGUAACAUAUACAAUUAUCCUCAAAUGUAAAAUUGAAUAUUAUCACAUUUUGUUCUAAUUGAAAUCUGAAGCAUGAUGUCUGCACAUCAGCCUAGUGUUAAAUCUUAUAGGGCAUGCCGAAAUUAGCUCAGACCAUAAAAAUACUUAACAUUUUACAUUGUUAAUAAAACUCUUUUUAGUUAAGCUAAGCUUGUCUCAUUUUAGAUGACUAUGCAGAUAUGACUUUUCCAAUGUGUACUUGGUGUCUUGUCUUAUGCUUAGAAUCUUGAAAGCAGGACACAUUAAGCAAUACUCUGUUUUAGACAGGAGGAGGCGACACGCUUUGUUUUUCUGCUCAUGGCUUUGUUGUUCUCUUCCUCCACUAAAUGUGUAACCUGGCACAUACAGAUCUGGUGAUAUUUUCCCUUGUUCUUCCUUUGGCCCAUUUCCCAGACAGAAUUGCCCACCGGUUGAAAAAUCAGGCCUUUGGACUUCUUUUCUUGUUUUCCAUCGCCUGAAAAUUCCUGAAGUCAGACAAGAGGCACCAGUGUCCAGCACAAUAAAAAGAUAAGCUGUACAUGGUUUAUCCAAAACACAUCUUGAAUCCCAGCACUAUAAUUUUGCAGUGCUUAUGCAGAUGGGCAUUUACAUGUCCACCAGUACUUUGACCUAAAAGCUAAAUAUAUUCAAGUUUCUAGCUUUAGUGAAGAGGAAGAGAGGUACAGAUGAACUCCUGGAAUAAUUAUUGUAUUAGGUUGAAUUAUAUCAAAUUGCUGAUAUUUGACUGUUUUGACCUAAAAAAUGGCAAUUUCAUAUAGUUAAACCUAAUACCAGAAGUUGUGGAAAUUAUCCUUGGACUUGUCUUCUAGUUUUUUUGAUUGAAAAUGAAAGAGUUAGAGUUAGAAGAGAUCUCAGAAGGUUAUGCAGCUCUCUAGUUAGAGCACACCAGCUGGCUCUUGGCCUUAUUCU